AGAUUGCACAAUCCACAUUUCCUCUUGAAUUCUCCAUCUUUCAACCAUAACCUACCAAUGGAAGCUUCUUCAUUCCACAACCACCACCACCCUUUUCUUGUUGAUCAAUGUCCUUCUUUCUCAGACCCCAUGACCACCAUUGCGCCUGCCGCUGGUUUCUGUGGUGAAUUCUACCAACCAUAUGAACAAGUUGUGCCCACUAACUCCAUUGAGGUGAGUAGUGCUCAUGGAAACCAAGCUUCCAUUGGCAAUAACUUACAAAUCUUUGAUUCCUCGAUGCCAAUGGCGGUUGUUCAUGAUCACAAAUAUGAAAUGAAGAUACCCACAAGCGAAUUAGGCGCAUUCGGUUAUGAUCAAUCUAAUAAUAUGACAAAAACCACAUGUAAAAGGAGAAGGAGGCAAAAGAAAAGCAAGGAUGAUAAAGAAAAUAAGAAGAAAGGGACAGAUUCUAAAGAAGGGGGACAAAUUGGGUAUAUACAUGUUAGAGCAAGGAGAGGUGAAGCAACUGAUAGUCACAGUCUUGCUGAAAGGGUGAGACGAGAGAAGAUAAGUGAGAAGAUGAAGGCCUUGCAAUCCAUUGUUCCAGGGUGUGAUAAGAUAACAGGAAAGGCUCUUAUGUUGGAGGAAGUUAUUAACUAUGUCCAAUCUCUACAAAAUGUAAUUCAGACUCUAUCUUUGAAGCUUGCUUCUGUAAAUCCCAUGUUGUAUGACUAUGGAGCAGAAUAUGAGGAAUGCAUGCACCAACCUCAUGAUCAGAAUUAUAUGACCACCAUCCAGCAACAGCUGCUUUCAUUUCAAGAAAACCAGAUGCCAUGCAUGAAUUCCCAGAAUAAUGGUGAAGCAUUAUGGGAUUUUGAAGAACAAAGACAAGAACUCGACGAUCUUUUUGCUAUUAUCAAUGGCAAUUCAUUUACUUAAUUUCUUUUAUGUAAUUUCAGAGUGUUGACCAAAUUGAAGAUGAAGAAAGAGAUGAAUAACUUAACGGAAUACAGGCAUGUAGACGUAUAUAUAUGUAUGUGUAUAUGUAUAUGUGUAUGUAUACACAUAUAAUAUCCUCUCAUCGAUUUCAUAUAUUUGUAUAACAUUUUUUAUAUAUCAUGUGGU